GUAGCACACUAUAGGUUUUCAACUUAAUGACGUAACUUGGCAAGCUCCACAAAAACCUCAUUACUGCCAUGCACAUUCUUGAGUCUUUUUACAUUCCUAAUGCGAGUUAAUUACCUCUUUGUUUAUGUAUGUCGACUAGCUAGGAAGCCACGCAGAAAUGAAAUAUACAGCUGCAUUGUCAUACCGACAUUUCAAGUAGAAAUCAAUCGCAGAGCGUCAUCUGUUGUGCUCUCUCUUUCUCUCUCUUCAGUUCUACAAUGACAGCAAUCGAGUGGCUGAAAGGAGCCAGUGGCUGGGUACCAAACAACACCGUCGUUGGAGGACAAGAAGAACAACAUGCUCUCUACGUAGGACGCACUGUGCACGAAGGAGAGGUUAUUCCCGGCAAGAUUGUGCCCUCUGAUGGCAUUUAUGUCACAAAAUGGUCGCGUGAGCACAAGUAUGAAUACUACGAAGUGCUCACGUUUACUGCUCCAGGAAGUGGAGGAGAUGCAACCAUCGAGUGGGUCAAGGCGAGGUACGGAAACAUACCUAAUGGUGCAGUGGAAGGAGGCAUCGAAGGUGGCACGGCGACAUUCAUUGCAAGAAGUCACUACAAUGACGUCAUGGGCUUGCUGUGUGGCAAGGUGUAUCCUGCUCUUCCGCAGGGCGGAUGCUACGUUGCGUAUAAAGGGAAGGAAUACAAAUGUUAUGAUUAUGAGGUGCUGGUUCUGAAAGAUGUUGACUAUUACGACAUCAAGGAGGUUGAGUAUGAUGUCAGUAAAGCGACAAUAAACAUGCUGGAUGAGGAGAUGACCUUCCUUGCUGCCGAGACUGUCGUUAACGGUAGCAGCAAGCCUCAGACAACGCAGCUCAAGCUGACAUAUGACGAAUCAAAAUCACACAACUGGGGAGUACAGGAGGGCUUGAAUGCCGGUGUGAAGACAGAAAUGCAUGCAAAGAUGCCAUCUCUUGUGAAAGGCAGCGUCAGACUGACUGGACAGAUCACUACCAGUCUGCCUUGGGAAGGCACCGAGAUGAUCAACAAAGCAUCUGAAGCCACUGCCGAGUGCACAGUAAACAAUGGCCGUAAAAUGCUUGUAGCCAUCGCCGGUCAGAGAGCUGAUGUUGAGAUACCAUACAAAGCCGAGUUAACCAAAGUGUUUAAGAAUAAAGUUGCAAGUGAAAAGAAAGUGAUACAUGGCACAUACAAGGGAAUACACACAACAAACAUACGAGUUAUCUACCACAAGUCGGAACCGUUGGAGAAAGAGAACAAGCCGGAGAAAUCCGAAAAGGGACAAAAGCAGCAACCAGUCAUAGACAACAAACAGCCCGUAGAGUAGACUAAUAAUGGUUUGUCGUAUAAUUGGAAGAAGCAAUAGCAAUGGACAGAAUAGCUAUAUAGUUGUAGCUUAAUUCUCACAAUAUGCUGUGCUCAUUGCCCUAACUGUUUGUCUUACCUGUUGUUUCUUAUUGAAUGCUGUAAUACAAAAAUCAUCAUCAUAGUAAA